AGGCUUAAAGAAGCCUGAAUAAUUUAUCCAUGGAGACUCUCAGAUAGCACUUGCACUCAUGUGAUGGAAAACUUUCCAAAUCUGACCCAGCACUUUACUUGCAAGGAGAUAUUGUUACAAAACGUGUUUGUUGUUGCUGCGGUUUCAGCUGGCCCCGGACUAUCCUUAAGGCGCGCCGGUGUGGCACCCCCGCCCUGGCCGGGACACCCCCGCCGCACGGGACAGAUCCGCCGGACGGAGUGUCCCCCUCCCCCCCCGCUGCCGCUCUUCCACGGCCGCCACGCGGAACAGAGCGCCGAGCGUCCCCGCCUGGUCACAGUCGUCCGGCCCGGUCAAGGUGCGCCGCGCAAGGUGAGCGUGCUUUUGAAUCGCCGGGGCGUGGUCUCCUGGGAGCAGCUGCUAUUGGACAUCUCCGAGGCGCUGGGCUUUCCUCGCUGGCACAGAUCCAGAGUGACCCGCCUCUUCACCGCCUUCGCCAAGGAGGUGAAGAGCAUUGGCGACUUCUUCCGUGGGGACGUGGCCUUCCUGGCCCUGGGCAAUGCCCGUCCUGAGCUGGGCAGCCUGCAGGAGGCGCUAGAGGAGCUGUUUCCAGGGAAUUCCCUUUACCGAGCGGAGGCGCUGCUGGUCUGGGAGAAGAGGCUCAGACCGGCGCCGGACAAAGCGGCCAAGGGGGACAGCGGGUACAGCGAGGGGACGGAUCGGAACAAGGACCAGGGUCCAGGAAAGGAGACUCUGUUUAGGAAUGGCGACACAGACAACCUGAAGAUGGCGACAUCCAGGAAAGCUGCUCACCUACCUAAUCAUCUACAGAGGCUGCGCGUGAGGGGCGGGGCCCGCGAGGCACCGCUGCCUCUCAUUGGUCGGUUCAAGCAGGAAACGCAGCGAGAGACGGCAGACAAACACUCCAUGUUGUGUCAGAGCUGCUUCGCAAGAAGACCAGAAAGGAUCCUUCCGCUUUCAGGAAGGGUUCCUCUUCCCCCAGUGUCCAGGAAGCAAAGAGGAAGUUCACUACAGGAAGUGAGAACAAGUCCUCCACUUCCAGGAGACGUAGCCUCGGAGGGCAGCGAGGUCUCCCAGGCCGACAUCGAGCGGCUUUACGAGGUCGGACGCCAGGUGGGAGACGGCAACUUUGCCGUGGUGCAUGAGUGCCGGCGCCGCCUCGACGGGCAGACCUUGGCCGUGAAGAUUGUGGAGCGCCGGCGGCUGGUGGGCCGGGAACACGUGCUGCAGAACGAGCUAAGCCUGCUGGGCAGCCUGCGCCACCCUUGCAUCGUGCGGCUGCUGGCCCACCAUCACACCGCCGCGCACGCUUACCUGGUCAUGGAGCUGGCCGGCGGCGGAGACCUCUUUGAGGCCAUCACCCGGCGAGGGAGCUUCCCAGAGACCGAGGCCGGACUGAUGGUGUCGGACGUCAGCGAGGCUCUGAAGUACAUCCAUCGCAGGAGCGUCGUGCACCGAGACCUCAAACCUGAGAACCUGCUGAUUGUCCAUGCCGCUGCCGGCAUCACCAGACUGAAGCUGGCAGACUUCGGCCUGGCCAUGGUGGUGACUGAGCCGGUCUUCACCAUAUGCGGCACUCCCACCUAUGUGGCCCCAGAGAUUCUUUGGGAGACAGGUUACGGUGUGGAGGUGGACAUGUGGGCUCUGGGCGUGGUCCUCUACAUCCUGCUGUGCGGAUUCGCCCCGUUCCGAAGUCGAGAUAGGGACCAAGAUGAACUGUUUGGGAUCAUCAAACAAGGGCAGCUCCACUUCCUCCCGCCAUAUUGGAACAGCGUCUCAACAGAAGCCAAAGACUUGGUGACUGGACUUCUGUGCUUGGACCCUGCGGACAGGAUGACAGCCGAGCAGAGCCUGCAGCAUCCUUGGCUGAGGGCGAUGGUGCAGAAGUGCCAGCAGAGGGCGCUGCAGUACAGAUAUGACAGGGGAGCAGAGUGUGCAGAGGAGGAGGCACAUGGCAGACACACCAAGGCGGCCCACAUGAGUCCAGAAGACCACCUGACACAACCAACACACCCGACUGGGGGGCGGGCUUCUGAGGCCAGUCAGGACCACGCCCACAGCAGUGACCAACUGCCAAUCAAAAGAAGCAAUCAGCCCGCACAACGAUUGAACACUUCUAUUCCCGAUCAGGUCAACGUCUGACCGCCACACAAAUCUUUGUUCAUGCAAGUAAAGAUUUUUGACGAACACUGAAA